UCAAAAGCAGCAGCUAGCCCGCUCGGCCGGCUAAUUUUGCCCUCCAGCUCCCGGAGCGCCGGAGGCGGUUCGGUCCGCGUCACAACAACACCUGGCCGAGGUGGCGACCCACUCACCCGGUCUCUAGUUGUUUUGUUUUCUUUUACACUUUUGUGCUGCCAAGUGCCUUUUAUCCCUGUUCCUCCCCCCGCUGCUGCUGCUAGCCGCUAGCGGCUAACUUGCGAGCCAACUCAUCGCCUGCCCUGAAGCCUCCAAGCUCACUUUUCAGCCGAGCGGAGCGGACCGGAGCGGGAUGAGCCAUGGCAUCGGUUCGGGUGGCUGUCCGCGUCCGACCCAUGUGCAGACGGGAGAAGGACUUGAUGGCCAAGUGCAUCAUCAAGAUGGACGGCAGCAAAACCUCCAUCACCAACCCGAAGCGCUCUGAAGGCAUCGCGGGGGAGCUGAUGAGGGAUUCCACCAAAACCUUUACCUACGACUUCUCCUACGACUCGGCCGACUCGAGGAGCUCCAGCUUUGUCACUCAGGAGAAGGUCUUCCGAGAUUUGGGCCGGGACGUGCUGCAGGCGGCGUUUGAGGGCUACAACGCCUGCGUUUUCGCUUACGGUCAGACGGGAUCCGGGAAGUCGUACACCAUGAUGGGAAAUCCGGGAGACGCAGGUCUGAUCCCGCGGAUCUGCGAGGGUUUAUUCAGUCGGAUCGCGGACGCCGUUCGACGGGACGAAGCUUCUUUCCGCACGGAAGUCAGCUACCUGGAGAUCUACAACGAGCGCGUUAGGGAUCUUCUGAGGAGGAAGUCCACUCAGACGUACAACCUGAGAGUGAGGGAGCACCCCAAGGACGGACCUUAUGUGGAAGAUCUGUCCAAGCACCUGGUGCAGAACUACAGCGACGUGGAGGAGCUGAUGGAGGCGGGAAACGUCAAGCGCACCACCGCCAGCACCGUCAUGAACGACGUCAGCAGCCGCUCGCACGCCAUCUUUACUGUCAACUUCACGCAGGCCAAGUUUGACGCAGAGAUGCCCAGCGAGAUGCUGAGCAAGAUCCACCUGGUGGAUCUGGCCGGUAGCGAGCGGGCCGACUGCACCGGCGCCACCGGAGUCCGGCUCAAGGAAGGCGGCAACAUCAACAAGUCUCUCGUCACGCUCGGCAACGUCAUCUCCGCCCUCGCCGACCUUCCUCGGGACGCCAACACGAAGAAGAAGUGCCUCUUCGUGCCCUACAGAGACUCUGUGUUAACGUGGCUGCUGAAGGACAGUCUGGGCGGGAACUCCAAGACCAUCAUGAUCGCCACCGUGUCGCCCGCCGGCGUCAACUACGGCGAGACGCUCAGCACGCUACGCUACGCCAACAGGGCCAAGAACAUCAUCAACAAGCCCACCGUCAAUGAGGACACCAACGUCAGGCUCAUCAGGGAACUGCGGGCGGAAAUCGCACGACUCAAAGCUCUGCUGGUUCAGGGCAACCAGAUCGCUCUGCUGGACUCGCCCACUGCGCUCAGCAUGGAGGAGAAGCUGCACCAGAACGAAGCCAGAGUGCUGGAGCUGACAAAAGAGUGGACCAACAAGUGGAAUGAGACGCAGAACAUCCUGAAGGAGGAGACGCUGGCGCUGCGGAAGGAGGGCAUCGGCGUGGUCCUGGACUCUGAGCUUCCUCACCUCAUCGGCAUCGACGACGACCUCCUCAGCACCGGCAUCAUCCUCUACCACCUCAAGGAAGGACGAACGUGCGUGGGCAGAGAGGACGCGGCCACGGAGCAGGACAUUGUUCUUCACGGCGCGGAGGUAGAGAGCGAGCACUGCGUGUUUGAGAACGGCGGAGGCACGGUGACGUUGGUGCCGCUGGGCGCCGCGCCGUGCUCCGUCAACGGGACGAACGUCGCCGGGCCCGUGCGGCUCAAUCAAGGUGCCGUCAUCCUGCUGGGCAGAAGCAACAUGUUCCGCUUCAACCACCCCAAAGAGGCGGCCAAGCUCCGCGAGAAACGCAAGAGCGACCUGUCGUCCACCUUCAGCCUGUCCGUGAGCGACCUGUCCCGGUCCUGCGGGAACCUCUCUGCCGUCCUGCUCUACAACCCGGGUGACUUGGGUCCCGCCUUCCUCAGGUUGGAGUUCGAGCGUCAGCAGCGUGAGGAGCUUGGCAAGUUGGAGGUGACGAGGCGUCUGAUCAAGGAGACGGAGGUCAAGCAGCAGAGUGAGAAGGCCGAGCUGCAGCGCCUCCAGCAGGAGGUGGAGAGCCAGCGCAAGGAGUCGGAGGAGGUGCGCCAGAGGAUCCUAUGCCAGGAGGAAAGCCUGCGCCGCCGCAGUCAGGACAUCGAGAGCCGUCUCCGAGACUUCCUGGAGGAGAAGCAACGCUUUGAGGAGGACAGACAAUCUGACCUCCCGAUGGAGGGACUCCAGCUGCGGCAAGAGGAGCAAGAUGAGCAGAUCUACCGAGAACUAGAGAAGCUGAAGCGGGAGCGCGAGGUGCAGCGAGACCGUUUGGAGGUGGAGAGGCGCCGCCUGGAAGAGCAGGAAGGCCAGGAGCUGAGCCUGGUAGGGAGGCUAGAGGAGCAGCUGAGAGACAAACGACAGAUCGCCGUCACUUUGAUGAGCCGCGAGGACGCCCGACGCCUGGAGGAGGAGAAGCGGGAGCUAGCGGCUAUCAGAGAGGCCCUCCUGUGCGCCAAGGAGGCCAGAGGCCAGGGGAGAGAGGGGGCCGCAGGGGAGGCCGGAGUAACGUCCAGCGACGAGGCCGCCGCCUACGCGCGCUACUUUGACUUCAAGGCCUCCCAGGUGCAGGAGCUUGGCCGCCUGGGGUCGAGUCUUCAACGGCAGAGGGUGCGCGUGGAGAAGGAGGUUGCCAGCGAGCGUGCCACGCUGCAUCUCCUCGAGGAACGCCUGACGGAGGCUCAAGAGAAGAAGCGACAGGACAUGUGCCAGGAGGAGCGGCGGCUCCUCAAGCAGACAGAGCAUCGGCUGAAGUCCGUUGAGCUCCAGCUGAGCGCCCUGGAUGCCAAGCUUCUGCCCGCGCUGGCCGAGGAGAAGCGGCGAGCCGAGGAGGCGCUGGAACGCAACGGGAACUACCCAAGUCCUCCUGGCUUGGACAACUUCCUGUACCAAGUAGAGAAAGAGCUGGAAGACAAGGAGGAAAAGCUGAAGGUCCACCGGGCCAGUGCCCAGCAACUGCAGCAGCUGCAGGAGACAUACCGCUUCACGGCCAACGUGGCUCGGCAGGAGGACAAGGUGAGGCGCAAGGAGAAGGAGAUCCUGGAGGCCAAGGAGAAGCAGCAGCGGGAGGCGAUGGAGCAGGCGGUGGCGCGCCUUGAGAGGAGACACUCGGUCCGAAAAUGCGACCGCUCCCUGGAGACAGACGCCCGGGAGAACCCGGUACAGAACCUGAGGACGGGUCCAGACCUGGAUCAGCAUAGGGUAAAGCGAGAGAUCCAAAGGUUCGGACAGCGCAUCAGCGAAGGGGAGGAGAACAUCUCAACUCACAUGGACGACAUCACGCCGCAUGGCAGUGUGCCGGCAGAUCACGCGCGGACUCUCCACCCGCACAUUCCCCUCUCCGACGACAGGAUCAACGCGUACAUCGAGGAGGAGGUUCAGCGGAGGCUACGCCAGAUAAACUUCUUCAACGGAACCGAUACCGGGAUGGACCUGUCGCUCUCCUGCGAGUCGCUACAGGAGGAGAACCCUGGCGAGAGAUCAACUGAGGAGGAUAAGCAGCUGCUAAACAAGAAUGAUCUACAAAAGUCCCAACAUCUGCGCGACGUCUCGGCGCCUCCGCCGCGCCGCCGGGAGCCGAUCGAAAUCGAGAUCCCUUGCUACGUCCUCAGAGGUCAAGGCAAGGACGAGCACUUUGAGUUCGAGGUCAAGAUGAGCGUGAAGGACGAGACGUGGGCGGUGUUCCGUCGUUACAGUCGCUUUCGAGAAAUGCACAAAAGUCUCGUGUUGAAAUAUCCUCAGUUGGCAGCUCUGGAAUUCCCUCCCAAGAAAAUAUUUGGAAACAAAGACGAAAGAAUGGUCGUUAAACGCAGGAAUCAGUUGGAGCAUUACCUGCGGAGUUUGUUUGCCGUGAUGAUGUCGUCGUCGGGCUCGCCGCUAUGCGGCGCCCUCGAGCCGACCGGCGAUUCCGAGUGCGCGUGUGCGGUGUCCAAGCGUUCCGUGUGUGAAUUGUCACCCUUCUUCAAGAAAGGCGUCUUCGAGAGCGGUCGCCACGGAACCGGCUGACCGUCGCCCAAUCGCGCGCCUCGGCUUCUGUCCCGAGCCGGGCUGGCUCCGCCUCCGCUGGAAGUCCUCAUUGGGGUAGUAAAAUUGGGAGAAAAGCACGGGCGCAUGUUCGCUGUUUGUAGCAUUUUUUUUUUUUUUUUUUUUUUUUUAUAUAUAUGAAUGUAAACUUUGUUUUAUAUUCUUCAUGGACAGUAAAUCAAGUCAACUUAUUUGCUCUUUUGCCUCUUUUAUUAGCUUUAUUAAUCGAGCAAUAGUUUGACAUUUCCCGUUAACAUGGAAAAUAAAAUUGGCCACAAAACGCAGCUCGUGGAGUCCUACGGACGGCUCGACUGAGAAGCGCUCGUGCGGCCGCCACUUCAAAGUUCAUUCAAAAAUGAAAAUAAAACUAAAAGUAACCGAAAUCGCUUCACUUUUGUGAUCGUGAUUCAGCUUUUUGUCCUACACACCAGCUGGAAACUACUGACUGCGUGUAUGGAUGUGUGUUAGUGCGUGUGCGUGUUGAGGACGAGCUCUGCGGCUCUGAGCGGGAAGUCGUAGGACGGGACGCCGAG